CGUAAAUAAAAAAACUAAGUAAAUUUUAACCUGCACAUGACUUAUGUUGGUAGCAUGACUACGACAAAGCCAUCUACAUCAAAGAACUUUUUUACCGAUGCGAGGGAAGACUGGCUUGCGAUGUGUUGCACCGCAUGGAGGAUCAAAUGAUGAAGCAGACGGCUGAAAGAUGCUACAGAAAGAAUUGGGACUGUUUUCAUCAGUGAUCUUUCAUGCUGGUCUCAUAUUCUUGAAAGGAAUGCUGGAGAAUGGAUGCUGUGUUGCUUCCACAGUUCCGCGUCUGCACCAAGCACUGCAGAUCGAUGAAACAUUUGAUAUAGGGACUGUAUCUAACCAAGCCAAUUCACGUGUGGACAUAGAAAGAAGAGACGCCAAUUUUCCCAGGCAGCUACAAGCUAUAAGAAGGGAUGCCAUCAAAGUAGCGUUUGGUAAAGCAACAAAAUCAAGAACGCGAUGGAAAAGACGGGUAACUCCGUCGCUCGAAGAUCGAGAAGAAAACCAAAAUCAGUCAUCUUUUUCUAAAUAUGGAAUCGUUGUUAUGCUUGGAGAAUCAGUGCGAAAUCCCAACAGAAGCAUUGACAGUGUUCUGAAGGAGUUGAAAAAUGCUUUUGCACAUGUCCUCAACUGGUCUGUAUCAGAUAUACAUGUGGAAAAAAUAAAUUUUCGAGGAAACAUCAUAGAAUUGAGCUUUCUACAAAGUGAGAACUUUGGAAACACAGCUUUCAAAUGGAGGGUUCCUGCUCAAGAUAUACUUAGUUUUCCUGGUCUUCUUGAAAAGCUUCAGGAGGAUUUGCCUGGCUUAAGUAUACGACAUGUCACGCAUGAUAAUGGCAUCAUUCUGGCAGUAUAUGAUGCUCCAUUCUGGAUGCAGCCUUAUUUUCCAUAUGUUGUGGCAGGAGGCUGCAUUUUUAUCAUUUUCAUCAUUGGCAUUAUGUUUUUUGUUUGCUUUAGCCAUUACACAAAAGCCAGCUUGGAACAUGAAGACAAGCUUGAUGGGUUUAGGGGGAAACUCCACUAUCAGACUCAGCAGCAAGUGCUCUUCCCAGCUGUAGCACCAGACACUUGCCCACCACUGGCUGUCCAGCCGUGUUCCGCACCAUUGUUUGUGCCUGUUGGCUUUGCCACUGCACAUGUUCCAGCCCAGCCUAUGAGAAUCAGAGGAAAAGGACUGCUAGAGAGCAGACGCGGAUCAAAUGCAUCCUUGACACUUGACCUGAAUCCUUCUCCGGAGAUGGGGCGGUGGGAUGGAACACCACCAAAAGAGAGCACGGCACUUGAGUACCUCAUGUCAGCUGGCAACAGACUGAGCAGACGAGAUCUUAGAAACGCUGUCAAGAAUACAAAAAUUUUGUAUGAAGAGUUCUGGGAAAUCCCAAUGAACCAUCCAGAGAAAGUUACUGUGGCUGGGUCUGGCACUAAAAACCGUUACAAGACUAUUAUUCCAAAUGAACAUUCUAGAGUGAUUCUGCCUAAUACUGAUGAUGACCCUCUCUCUUCAUAUAUUAAUGCCAACUUUAUUAGGGGUUAUGAAGGAGAGCAGAAGGCUUACAUUGCAACACAGGGCCCAAUGGCUCACACAAUUGUUGAUUUCUGGAAUAUGGUAUGGUCUCAAGGCUGUCCAAUUAUAGUGAUGAUCACAAAGCUUAAGGAGAAAAACAAGCCAAAAUGUGAAAACUACUUACCUGAUCACCGAGGACUAUAUGGAGAUGUAGAAGUCACCAUUGUCAAAAUUAUACAAAAGAAAGGCUACGUAGUGCGACAUAUCCAAAUGAAGUGCCGUGGAGAAACCCGUCUAUUGCUUCACUACUGGUAUACGACAUGGCCAGACCACAAGCCCCCUGACUCUCCCAGCAUGUUGCUGGAGCUGGUCAAUGAGGUGGAGCUGCGACGGUUCAAGCAAGACAGCGUUACCCCUCAAGGGCCUGUAGUUGUCCACUGCAGUGCCGGUAUUGGUCGGACUGGAUGUUUUGUUGCUAUCAGUAUUGGCAUCCGACAGCUACGUGAGGAGCACUCUGUGGACAUUCUGGGCAUUGUGUGCUGCAUGCGUCAGGACAGGGGGGGAAUGAUACAGACACAUGAACAGUACGAUUUUGUGCAUCAGGCCCUCUCUGAGUAUGAGCACACUCUUGGAGAACCUUCCAUUCAAUCUCUUACUGCUCUUACUUCUGAGUGAUUCUUGCUGCUUGCCAACACACACACACACCUGGUGCAUCACUUACAAGAUGUUAAGUACAUCUUGGCAUUAAUUGUAAGAGCAAGAGGGAUCAGCAAAAGUGAAAUAAUUUGCAGUCAGGGAAUAAAAAGAAUGGGAGACAAGCUCGACUUAGACAACGCUAGCUUUCCAUUAUGCUAGAGCUCAUGAUUGUGUCCCCCUUGUAUGGUGAUGUGCCACUGUUGUGCUAGCAGUUGUCUCAUCCAGAGAUGGGACUUUUAAUGUCAUUGCAGGGAAUUUUUUUUGAAGUAUAAAGUGAUAUUUUUUCAGGUUAAAAUUUGAAUGAUUUUUGCCUUAGUAACUUAUUCUCUAUAUCACCAGUAUAAACAUUUCAUGUUUUACCGAUACGCCUACUUAUUGAGCAGCAUGUGGUCUAAAGUUGUCUCUCGUGUUACUUCAUUUUACUGAGCAUGUGAUUCAGCGCUGCAGAAUGCUGUUCUGUGCCUCAAUUAGAUUUCAAGGCCAAGUGUGCUAGGUCUAUAAAAGGGUUUUUGAUUUUUUUUUUUAAAUUCAUUAUGUUUAUUUUAAUCUAUUAAAAUAGUGUCAGGUCAAACUGUAUAAUAAUGUAGUUUUAUGCUAUUUGGUUUUGACAGCACUUUAGCGCAACAAGGCUGCAUUGCUGCGCAUUAUUUUCCUGUUAGGAUCUCCAUAGAUAAAUAAUUCACUAAGGAUGUUCAGUGAAUCUUGAUAAAUGUAGUUGGGUACUCUGGAAUAAUAUAGGAAAAGAAGUUUUUAGCUGUAAGGUAUAAAAGCUCACCUUGGACAUUUAUGCAUUAGGACAUUGUUUUGAUUAAAUAGCAGGAUAAAAUACCUGUGCUGUUUUGUUCAGUGCAAGAAUUCCUCUGAGGUAGUGGGUAGUGAAGAUGAGCUUAAAAUAGAACACUAUAGAUACUUAAAGGAGCAUUCUGCAGUUUUAUUUUGUUUGGUUUUUUUUUUUAAAAUGUUCACAUCUAAUCCAUUCAGAAUCUGAGGCUUGCCUUGUAUCUGCUGAACUGGUCUUCCUGUGACUUAUGUCUAUUUAUAAAAGAGCAUCAUACAUAAGAAGCAUCUUCACUAAGGGUUUAUACGAGACUUCCUAAAGUUGAAAAUAUUUCAGGCUUUAGUCCUGGAAAUUACUGUCAUCCAUAUCCCCAGAGUUCUCAUUUUCAUUUUUGAAGUUUGGUUUAUCAGAGGGACUUCAAAUGCGAUGGGCCAUGAAUGAAUUAGGCUUAUAACUAACAUGCUUGUAAGUUGAUUGGGGAACAGUUAGCCAAGGGAUUAAAGCAUCAUUAACUGAAGCCAGAAGCAAAGAUUACCUUCCCUGGUGGACCCAUCUGCUGAAUGAUUAAUGUAACUGCGAGGGUUAGUAAGGCAGCAAGGUAAAGAAGAUGGGCUCUACCUCACAAAUAAAAAAUGCUGGGUGUGAGAUAAGUGGUAUCUAACACUACUCUCCCAUGACCGAAAAAUUUAUGGGGAUACCUUUACCUUUUUUUCUUUUUCGUUUAAGCAAAUGGAUUGCACUGUGUGGACCAGAGAAUUUGUCGUCUUGUUCUUACUUCAUCUUCAUAAGAGAUUUCUUUCUGUCCAACAUAUUGGGUAUAAAACCAGUGUACACAUUUUGUUUUGGUCGUAAAAAUUGACAGGACCAUUUUCAAUCAAAAAGUAUCAGAAGGAAUAUUUUUUAAAUAGUUUCUUUUUUAAACAUUUAUUGUAAAAGCCCUUAAAUUAGAUUUAUAACUAGGCUCCUUUUUUGCACCACAGACAAUGGUAGACAACAUAGACCCUCUUCGUAUAUGAAACUGUUAUACCUGGUAGAAUCUACCCAUUGUUGGAGGAGUCUUCAAAUAAAUCCGAACAAAUUUCAGUUUUCAGUAACUUGUGCAGAUGUUAGUGCUUAUGUCAGGAUCCUAGUGUCCAGGACGAGUGACUAAGACAAAAUAUAAGAUUCACCAUGUUCACACUUAGGGGGUGAAGUGUCUGAGUACAGCUUUGAAAGAAAACCCUCAUUCUGUUUGUUUAGCAGACAUUUAUACACUGUUUGCUGAAAGAUGUUCUUGGAUAAGUCUUCUGUGAGAUUUGGAAGAUAAAGCAGCUAGUGUCAGACGAAAAAAGUGUUCUAAUUUCUUUGCAUUUAAGCUUUGAACGGCCUUAUAUCUUCUUUCAUAAUCUAGGCUGGUUGGGGCCUUCAGGAAUUUUGUGGUUUUGUGAAAUGAAUAAUGAUGUCUGACUAUAUUCCUUCAACAUUUAGAGCUUUGCAUCUGCUGUACCAUGUUCUAUGUGCUUUGGUAUUCAGAAUUUCAAGACACAUUUGUCCUUCAUGGUUUAUCGAAAUGACAAAUCUUAGAAAAAAGUUCAUAUUUGCUACAAGUCGGCAUUUUUGAGCAGCUGUUAAUUUGUACAUUUGGCCAAAUUCUAGCAUUCUGCCAUGAUGAAUGAUGAUUUCUCAUUUCUGGCAUUCUUUCCUUGAGGAUUGGAGCAACCUUCCUAUAGUCUCUACAAGUUGAGGUAUCAGUUUGGAUCUUCUGGCAAUAAAUGAAAAUGGCAUUAAUGUUAUCAUUCAUCCAGUUCUUUUAUCUUUUACUAUUAUACUUCUAAACAGCUUUAAAAUAUUACAGAAAUAUUAAAUCUGCUUUCUUGAAAAUUGUUUGAUGUGUUUUUAAACGGUAUUGUCACAAUAGCUUUAUAUUACCAUAAAUUUCGGACUAUAAGCUGCAGCUUUAAACCUUGUGACUUAAACAGCAAUGCAGUUUGUUUGGGGAUUUUUCCAGAUUCCGAUUAAUUUUUUGGUGAGCUUCAUGUUAAAGUGUUAACUGUUUACAUUUUUAAAUCAAAGCCACAUAUAAUUAUAGCAUUCAGAUCGGUCGCUGAAGCACAGACCUGUGUCAUACCAAAAAUGAGAUGAAAUGCCUACGGUGCAGCUUUCAAGUUGUAUAUAUUUGCAGCUUUUAAACUACUGUGGCUUUUUAGCAUAAAAAGUAGAGAUUUAAAAGAAUUUAGCAGGUGCGGUUUAAAUACAGGUCCGCUCAAUAGACCAAAAUUUACGGUACACUGAAAUGGCCACAUUUCUUCAGAAUUUAUUUGAUGAAUGACACUCAUCUGCGGCUAGAAUUUAACCUUAGAUAAUAUACACACACAUUUGUUAUACCAACAAGUAGGUUUUUUAUUUUAAUCUUUGGUUGAACAUAUUAGAUUUUGAAAAUAUUAAAUUAUUUUCUUGUCUGAAGAGAAAGGAAGCUGUUGAAAUGCAGAGAUGUUAGGGUGUGGAUAGUACGGAUGUUGGUACUCUCUUUGUGAAAUUAAUAUUGUGGAAGUAUGCUCUUAUAAAUACAAAAAUCAUAUGUGGUAAGUGUACAAGCUUUUUGGUUAUUGUUCACUGUGCAGAAAGUCUAGAGCUCUAAGUGAUUUGUCAUAACGCUGACUUGACUGUUGGCAUAAUAAUAACUGUGUACUUUACUGAAGGAAAGAUCGCAAAUAUAAAAGCUUAAUGCUAUAAAUAUGUCCGACUUCUUAAAGUUGUUUCUUGUAAAUCUCAGCACAAAUCAUUCCAUCUUCUUGGAAAAUGGGUAAGGAAAGGGAUGUGGUUAAGAGGCAAUUAGGAAAAACAAAAUUUAUUUU